UUUCUUUCUUCUUCCCCACCCUUUUUCUUUCUCUCUCCUCCCAAAACCCUUUACCUCGAUCUCUAAUUUAUAGGGGGAGAUAUUUUUUGAUUGCUAAUUUGUUGAUUUGCCAAGCAAUUGCAUCACUCACCAAAUAUUUAAUUUGAUAGAAUAAGGCAGAAAUGGCAGGAAUUCCUCCCACAGCUCCAUCAAUGGAGGCUAAACCUACUGUACUUCCCAAGAUUGAAGAAGUCGUUGAUUACAGCAAUCUCCCUUGCCCUCUUCCUUAUGAAGAAAUUCACCGUGAAUCUAUGAUGUCACUGAAGCCGGAAGUUUUUGAAGGGAUGCGCUUUGAUUUUACUAAAGCCCUCGGCCCAAAAUUCUUUCUUAGUCACAGUGUGACAAUGGGGCCGAUUGAAGUUCCCUCUCAAAAUCCAGAGCCUAUUAAAAUCCCAACCGCCAACUAUGAGUUUGGUGCUAACUUUAUUGACCCGAAGUUGAUGCUCAUCGGAAGGGUUUCACAUGAUGGUAGAUUAAAUGCAAGGCUCAAGUGUGAUUUGACAGAUAAUUUAGUUUUAAAGGGAAAUGCUAUGCUGACAAGUGAGCCUCAUUCGUCUCAAGGGAUGGGUACUUUUGAUUACAAGGGGAAAGACUACAGGGCUCAGUUUCAGCUAGGCAGUGGGACACUUGUUGGGGCAAAUUACAUACAGAGUGUUACCCCACAUCUCUCUGUAGGUGGUGAAAUGUUCUGGACUGGUCAGCAUAGAAAGUCUGGCGUUGGUUAUGCUGCUCGGUACAACAAUGAUAAGAUGGUUGCGACUGGACAAGUCGCUAGUACGGGAAUGGUUGCGCUUAGUUAUGUUCAGAAGGUAUCCGAGAAGCUUUCGUUCGCAACAGAACUCCAAUAUAAUCAUAUGUCAAAAGAUGUUUCAGCUACCGUAGGCUAUGAUGCAGUGCUACGCACGGCACGUGUUAGAGGGAAGAUAGACUCCAACGGUUGUGUAACUGGUUUUCUUGAAGAGAGGCUUAACAUGGGUCUCACUUUCUUACUAUCUGCAGAGCUCGAUCACCAGAAGAAAGAUUACAAAUUUGGUUUUGGUUUUACUGUUGGGGACUAAAACAUUGAGGUCCAGUUCGAAGAGGCUUACUACUUGUAGGAGCAAUAUCCGAUUUUGAAGGAUGGAUUUUUUUUGUUCUGUUUUCUUGGUCGAAAUCAGUUCUGUACUCUUAUAUUCAAAGAUAUUGAUUCAUAGGACAUUAUAUUCGUCUCAUUUUACAGUUUUUUGGGUUGAGAAUACUGUUUGAUAAAUUCUCACUCUUUUUUUUUUGUUCAAGUAGAGCUAUUUUAGAAUUCCAGAUAGUCAAGAAUCCCUUCUCCCAUGGCCUCAUCGUUUGCAAACAAUUGAAGUUCUACUGAUGUUGGCUAAUAAAAUACUUGCGGAGUUGGGACUAGUUUUACCUUAUCAUCACUUUGUAACAUUUCUUGUUAAUUCUUUAUUUCGUUUUCCUAAUACGGAUAUGCAGAUGCACCAUUGAAGAA